CGUUUCUCUGUAGAUCGAAAGUGGAAGCGAAGCGAAAACCAACUGUGAAAUCAAAACCCCAAAAAAAAAAGAAAAAAGAGUUUGUUCCUUUGCAAAGAAGAAACCCCAACACCACCACCCAAAAAAAAAAAAAAAAAUGGAGAAAAUUUCAAGGGCAUGUGCAUCCAUGGAUGAAGAGCAAGAGUACGAAUUCUUAAAGGAAGUAGUAGUAGUGGAACACGAAGAAGGAGAACAUGACCAGGGUUUGUCUCGCUGGGAGUUCAUCGACGCCUCAGAUGCUGAUUCUGAUUCCGAAGAAGACCGCCAUUUGUUCGAAGAAGAAGAAGAAGAAGAUCGAGUGCACCAUGAUGAUGAAGCCAAUGGGUCUCUCUCUUGUCGCCCUUCGAUUCCUUUGCCUAUACCUAAUGGGCAUGAUCGAAUCCAACGCCGUGUCGGUGUUCAUCAUCUUCUUCCUCUUGUGGAUUUGAAAUCCCCUGAUGAUUACGAUGAUGAUGCUAAUGAGGAAGAGGAGGAAGACGAUGAAGAUGAUAGCGAUGAUGGGUAUGACUUGGACGAUGAGCUCGUGCCGUGGUCGGUAAGCAACAAGUUUGGGAGGCAGAGAAUGAGGAAGUUGGGGAAAAGGGCUUUCCCGAAGAUGAACAAUUCGAAACGAUCGCCUUAUUUGUUUGUAAGGCCUGGUUGUGUUCGUGGCAAGCAUGGUCUGGGUUUGAAGCACAGUUGCUAGUGGAUCUUGAAGUUGCAACUUGGAAGUGGAAUUUGGGAUCUUUUAAGAUGCUUCUGCAUAUCUAUUAGAUUGCUGCUGAUUUCAUUUGGGUUAGAUUGUAAAUUUUUGUAGUUCUCUUAAAGCAAUUUCUAAUUUGGGGGAUGGGGAAUUUGAUUCAGACUUUUAUGGUGCUUAAUUUCUUUCACUGUUUGUUUUCUAGUGAAGGAUUUUUAAAUGUCCAUAUUGCAAUCUCUUUGCCCUUUUGCCCUUUUGUUUCUUUGUUUGUUAAUUUUAAAUGGUGUUGGUUACGUUAGAAGAAUCAUAGGCAAAGUGCAAAUGCAAAUUGAAAGUUGAAACUAUCCAAUACACCUUGUCUUUGAUUUGA